AUGGCCUUGGUGGUAGCUGCGAAAAUUAUGGGGGGCUCAAGCGGCGAUGAGGAAUGCGGGUGCUAUAUGGAAGCGAUCGAGAUUCGAGGCGAUUCACCAACAGCAGAAGCGAAACAGUGUUUGCAAUCUUGCAGGGACCAGUUUCUAAGGACGGUAUCGAUCGACCACGAAACCCCCGAGGGCUGGAAAUACAUGUGCAAGGAUCUAACGACCACGACACCCAGCUCUCGAUUUUGGUCGUUGUAUUGGUGCGACACAACGUUUUGCGGAGUCUGGAUAAACCAGACGGGGGGGCUGCAGCAAGACCACGGCAGCAUUGGAUUUCACUCGGUAUUAGAUCCAGGACCACCACCCAGGGGCUUCGUCUGCCAAACUAGCAAGGGAGGAGUUGGGCCUUGUUCACAGACAGGCUUCAAAAUCAACCCCGUGUCGGCCCCGUCCCCACUGGUGGUUCAAGAACCGAUCUCCAUCCCCUCAACUUCUGGAAGCACAACGUUCAGAAGCGCAACUGCGCCUUUGUCCCUAUCAACGUCCUCAGCAACACCAACAACAACUGGCGAUAUCUCUCUCAUAACGGACCCAUCAUGGCUAUCAGCAACACCAGCCCGACCCACGGUUGCCGAGUCUUUUGGGGUAAACAAUGGGACUACAACACUCAAAGGCGGGCUAUCCAUGGGAGUCAAGGCCGCAAUUUCGGUUUGUUCGGUUACCGGGUUCAUCGUUAUGGUCGCUUUGGCCUUUUUGUGCCUGCACAGACGAAAAAAGCACCGGUGCGGCUUAGAUGACGUUCGGGGACAGUCUCGUUCGAGGUUCGAUAACGGAGUUGCUCCUAGAGGUCGGCCAACGCCGCUAAUUGCGUCCAGCUAUGAUUCCAGGCCGCUGAUACCCCCUCUCCGCCUCCGGGACCGCAGGCUGCUCCCUUCGAUCCUACGUUCGGGUCACAACCAGUCGCCAUCUCCGCCCCUGACGCCGCUCACCCCGGCACACAGCCAUGGCGGCGGCCACUCCAACGUCACGUUUCCAUCAUCACCGAUAACAUCACCUACGACGAACAAGCUCGUACCACGGCACGAGGGCAUGCCAAGGGUUUACGGCACUACUGGCAGUCUUCCUGGUCCACCGCCUCCGGCCUUGUUUGAGAUGCAUGGUUUUGGUGCGCCCGAAAGCCGGGGAAGUCUGAGUAGUUUCGGGGCAGGUUCGACAACAGGACCGUCAUCUUUACGGAACGAAGCAUUUUCCUUGUCUGGAACCACUUCUCCGCCGCCCACAUCACCAACACGCCCUCCGCGACCGCAUGAGGAGCCACUGGCGAUACCCGACUUGGUGAAACCAGCAUCCUUUCCCUUUGGUGCGAGAAUGAAUCGAUCGAUUCCAUCAGUACCGUCGGCGCCCAUUUCGCCGCUAUCACAUACAUCAUCCUUGGCCAUGAGCGGCAGCAGUGUGAGCCCAAUGUGGAACCAAGUGCGGGCUAUCUCAUCGCCAAGGGAUGAACGGGAAUCUGGCAACCAUCACGCUACUGGGGAAUACUCGGGCAAAGACCGUGGCAGCUGGGGGAGCUGGAGCGAUAAUGGGUACGGAUACGGUUACGGCAACGGAAGUGGAAAUGGUGCUAAUGGAAGCGGAAACGAGAGCGGAAGGAAAGUGACCAGCGCGAUUGUUGAUAGUUUUGGUCAUGCGGCUGGAUCGCUGUUACCCGUAAGAGGCUCCAGAUUCAUCUCGAAGGGCGGAGUAAGCCCGCCGCCUAGACUACCGCUGAGGCCGAUGGCUAUUUCUACCAUGUCCUCUCCUGUGGUCAUUCGUGACGCCAGAGGCGGUGAUCUUGGACCGAUAGGGGUUGCGAUGACGGGAGGGCCGGGAAGAACAGGCAACUCUGCGGCCGUGUCAACGUUGCACGAGGAAGAUGGCGGAUUGUUCUGA